UUUACUGUUUACAGUAACUGGCUGUUACUGAAGUGGGCACUGGAAACAGAAAACAAUUCACAGCCUCUGCAGCCCUUCCUGAGGACAGGUCCAAACCCGCUGAUUCCAAUAAAUGCCAAUGAUAUCGCAAAGUCAAGAGUUUGGGGUUCGUAACCUGCCUCAUUAAGACAUCUCACCUAAGGAAAACCUGCCCAUUGCAUUUCUGCAUCCAUGAAUGAAAUCUGACAGCUCCAGGUAAGGGUAUUUUUUAUCAGCCAACCUCAGGCUCCCACUGAGCAGCUGGGAGCUGGAGCCAGAGGGGAAUUCCCUGUCAGCCAGAAGAAUGGAGCAUCAGCAGGAACCACUUCUUCACACUUACGACUUGAAUCCCAAGAAGGAUCAUGCAAUUUCUUUCAUUGAGGGAAGGAUGCUGUAAAACAAGCUCAAAAUCCACAAUCCACAGCAGCAGAAAGGGAAGUCCAUUCUGCUGCUGCAAAGUUUGGAAGAAAGGGUCUUUUCCCCCAACUGCCUCUAGGAUGUCCUUUCUGGAAGUCCUGCUGUGUGUCCUGGUCCUGGCCAGCCCCUUGCUGAGCGACGCGUCACAACCCAACUGCACUGGAGUUACAGACUUUCAAGCCUGUUUGGGUAAUACAGAUGAAUUCUGUCCUAAAAAUAUUGUUUGUCAAUGUAAAAAUGAAGAACCUUUUUGCAGAUGUGAUUACUACAGAAUAGGCUGGCAGGAGUACUGGUACAUGGGCCCCAAAUGUAACCACCUCUGGAGAACUCUGGAUUUCAUUUUAGUGGCUACUCUUCCUGCAGUAGCCCUGGUUCUCAUAGUGGUUGUAAUAUUUUCCAUUGUCAACUGCUUGAAAAUGAAAAAAGUUGGGAAACAGCCAAAGCCUCCAUCCAGUGGAGCACAACAGAACCCUGCAUUCAGUGCUGACACAGCUGCCAGCCUGGAGCACAGGCAUCAUCAGCCAGCCGGGGAUGUCUGGGCUGGACAAAUUCCAAAAGUUGUACUGAAAAGACAAGACUUUAAUGAUCCCUCAAGCCCAAAUCAAAGGCAGAAUUACAGUCCUGUGUAUGCUCAACCUCCAAGGACGGCAGAUCCAGCAUCAGAUUAUUUCCCUCAGUCCCGAGCCCAGCAGGAUGAGCUUGACUACCCCAGGAAGGAUUUGCCUUAUCCAGUUUAUCCAGAGGCGAGACAGUACUGGAGAUACUAAGAACAAGUGCUUCCUGUAUCAGAAAUAUCUUGGAAAGCUGCGUGAUCGUUGGACAAUCCAGGUGCUGAAAGAGCAGUGACACCCUGGUGGGACAUAGAGGAAAUUAGCAUCUUUCUUAGAGAGCACUAAGUCAAUUUGCAAAGAGAAGGUGUAGAGAAUAACUCCAAAAGAAAAUCUGAUAUCACAGAAUCACAGAAUUACUAGGUUGGAAGAGACCUCCAAGAUCAUCGAGUCCAACCCAUGCCCUAACACCUCAACUAAACCAUGGCACUGAGUGCCACAUCCAGUCUUUUUCUAAACACAUCCAGGGAUGGAGACUCCACCACCUCCGCAGGCAGGCCAUUCCAGUACUUUAUUACUCUCUCUGUGAAAAACUGAUAUGACACGACAUCAACCUCUGAUUUAUUUACUGUGUAAUUGGUGACAACUUCGUGUGAAUUCCUGAUACUGCCGUGCACAAGGGUCUGCCCCUGUGGUACAAACACAGCAAAAGACUUAGCCUCUCUCUGUCCCAAGAUUUAUCAAACACCUACAGAUCCAGUCCCCUCUCCCUUGUCUUUUUUGCUUUGUGUUCCGUCUGUCUUGAUCCCAACAGCUGGAAUGGUUUGCCUUUAAAACUGCCCUGGCUUGCCUUGUAACUUUUUUGUAAAUGAGGAAAAUAAAUGAAGCUAUGGAUGAUUGGCUAACUUGCCACUAAGUAACAAAUUAAAAAGACUGAAGACUCGGAUUCAUUUCCCAUUUUCCAAAAAGUCUGAAGCAUAUUAUAUUGUGCAUUAUGUGAAAUGAUUUUCCUUAGGAAAUAUGUGAAACUAUAUGAACAAAACCAGAAUCUCAAGGAUUUUAGAAAGGGGUUUUUGAUAUUUGGUUUUCCUUUAAUGUAACAAAAAAGCAAAGUGGGCACAUUUCAUUUCUGGAUUUACUUCUACUGCUGCAAAUUCUGUCACAAAUAAAGUAAG